AAAUAUCAGAUAUUUUUGUUUUCGUUCUCUUGAAGCAAGGCGCUUUUUUAUCUCUCCCUCUUUUCUGCUACACGAAAAUUAGGGUUCCUGGAUCUUCCACUAUUUUUGCGUCAUUUCAGAAUUUGUUGUCAUUUGGAGUGGAUUGGCGAACUUUUUUCCUGCUGCACUUGUGAAAGGGUCUCCGACUAUGCGAACUUCGUGGGCAGAUUUGGCUGCAAGCUCUGCUGCUGAUAAUGUAGCUGCUGGUUCUUCUGCUAACAACUGUAGUGCUGGAACUACAACAGCGCCUGGCCGAUCAACCUAUGUUCCACCACAUCUUCGGAAUCGCCCAGCCUCUUCUGAUCCACCUGCUGCAGCGAACAGUGGGCCUGCUGUGGGAAACGAUCGUUCUGGAAAUGUAGGGCCCCGCUGGGGUGGUCCCAGGAAUGAUUAUAAUCGCUCUGGGUAUGGUGGUGGCAGCCGUGGAGGUGGAUGGGGAAAUAGAGGAGGUGGAUGGGAUCGCGGGAGGGGGGAUCGUGAAGUGAACCCAUUUGGAGACGAUGAUGAUACAGAGCAAGAAUUUGGAGAGCUAGAAAAUACUGGUAUAAAUUUUGAUGCAUAUGAAGAUAUUCCUGUGGAAACUAGUGGUGAAAAUGUACCUCCUCCGGUGAAUACAUUUGCUGAAAUUGAUUUGGGUGAAGCGCUUAAUCAAAACAUUCGGCGAUGCAAGUAUGUAAAACCAACUCCCGUUCAGCGGCAUGCUAUUCCCAUCUCCCUAGGAGGGAGAGACUUGAUGGCUUGUGCUCAGACUGGAUCUGGAAAGACUGCUGCUUUUUGUUUCCCCAUUAUCAGCGGCAUAAUGAAGGGCCAGAAUAUGCAGAGACCAGCUCGAGGUGCACGUACAGCGUACCCACUUGCCCUUAUUCUCUCCCCGACUAGGGAGCUUUCAAUGCAAAUACAUGAAGAAGCAAGGAAAUUCUCUUAUCAAACAGGUGUCAGAGUGGUGGUUGCUUAUGGGGGGUCACCAAUCAACCUACAGCUACGUGAUCUAGAAAGAGGUGCUGAUAUUCUUGUUGCAACUCCGGGAAGGUUGGUAGAUUUGCUUGAAAGGGCUAAAGUUUCACUGCAAAUGAUAAGAUACUUGGCCCUUGACGAAGCAGAUCGCAUGUUAGAUAUGGGAUUUGAGCCCCAAAUCAGGAAAAUAGUAGAACAAAUGGACAUGCCUCCUCCUGGUGUAAGGCAGACUAUGCUGUUUAGUGCAACUUUUCCAAGGGAGAUUCAGAGACUGGCCUCUGAUUUUCUUUCAAGCUAUAUAUUUCUGGCUGUUGGAAGAGUGGGUUCAAGUACUGAUCUAAUUGCUCAAAGAGUUGAAUUUGUUCAUGAAUCUGAUAAGAGAAGUCAUUUAUUGGACCUUCUUCAUGCACAGAGGUCAAAUGGUGUGCAGGGCAAGCAAUCUCUUACUUUGGUUUUUGUGGAGACAAAGAAGGGAGCUGAUGCUCUUGAACAUUGGUUAUGCCUUAAUGGUUUUCCUGCCACUACCAUUCACGGUGAUAGAACACAACAGGAAAGAGAACAAGCAUUGAGGUCAUUUAGAAGUGGGAACACGCCAAUUUUGGUGGCAACUGAUGUAGCUGCCCGUGGGCUUGACAUUCCUCAUGUUGCACAUGUGGUGAAUUUCGAUCUCCCUAAUGACAUUGAUGAUUAUGUUCAUAGAAUUGGACGAACAGGGAGAGCUGGGAAGACUGGUUUAGCUACUGCCUUUUUUAAUGAGAACAAUUCGUCCAUAGCAAGGUCCUUGGCUGAUCUGAUGCAAGAAUCUAAUCAAGAAGUUCCUGAUUGGCUAUCACGAUUUGCUGCCAGGUCUUCAUACAGUGGAGGGAGAAAUCGUCGUUCUGGGGGAGGCCGAUUUGGUAGCCGUGACUAUCGAAGGGAUUCCUCUUUCAGCAGAGGUGGUUCUGAUUAUUAUAGUGGAGGCAGCAACAACAAUAGCAACAGUGGGGGUUAUGGUGGUGUUUCCGGUGGAUAUGGAGGGGGAGGGUACGGUGGCUCAGGGGUGACUAGUGCAUGGGACUAACAUGUACGCUUUUAAAUUAUUUACAGUGUUUAGGUGAUGGGUAGAGGAACCCGUUUCUGCCUGAAUAGAGUAUUGUUUUUUUUUUUCUUCGACUAUUGGUGUUAAAAGUGAUUAUAUUGUCAUUAUGGGGGGAAAAGGAGAAACCGUUGUCCAUUUUGGGGCCCAUUAGGAAUGUAGAGUUGUGUGCAGUGUUCGUUAGGUGUUGGUUAAAAUGGUACUAACAAAGUAGGAUUUCUUUUUGCUCGUCUCUUAUCAGUUGGAUAAUAUGGUGGGUGGAGAGAUCUCAGGGCUUUACCGUUCGGCAGCUAUUGCGUUUUCCAUCACUUAUGCCAAAGUUCUUUAAAUCCCAGUUUGCUUGGGUAUUCCUCGAGCUUGUUGGGGGUAUCUUCUUCUUCCCCCCUCUUGAAGAAUUUCAUAGUUUCUGUACUAUUUUGUUGUUGACCCGAAAUAAAUUGAAAACCAUCUGUUAGGGCCUUAUGAUUUCAGAACGUAGGGACCAGGUUUUGCUGGGUUAAAUUUUCUUUCACAUACUUCAAAGAAUGAAACUAUUGUACACAUUUUAGCUUUUAUAUUUCUCCGUGUUGUGAGACGUUAGUUCUAUCCAAUUAAGAGCGAGUAAGUUUCCUCUCU